GGGUUUCGUCUAGUUUUUUUAGCAUUCGCCAAAAUGUGACAGUUCGCCGGUAAAACGCCGCCAUUUCAGAACAAAAAGGCUGGUUUAACCGCGCGGUACUGGAACUAGUCUUGCGUUUUUCAGCAAUGGCCAGUGCAUGUCCCAUACUGUCCCAUGAUGUCCCAUACUGUCCCAUGAUGUCCCAUACUGUCCCAUGAUGUCCCAUGAUGUCUCAUACUGUCCCAUGAUGUCCCAUACUGUCCCAUGAUGUCCCAUGAUGUCCCAUGAUGUCCCGUGCCCCAUAUAUAGCAUGAUCAUCAAAUCUUGUUUAUGUGAAAUUGAAACUCACAGCCAAGUUAUUUCACCCCGACGCUUAAAUUCGUAUCAUGGAUAACUAUUUUUUGUAUUAUGGUAAGAAGAAUAAAACAUGAUCGUUAGACCAGAAAAUUAAAGAUCUAUAGACCAUAAAAUAAAAAAAAAACUACAGACCAGAAAAUAAAAGAUCUAUAGAUCAGAAAAUAUAAGAGUUGAAACAUGUAACUGACAUUUGAAUCACGUGAAAAGCAAGCAUUCGCAGAAAUCUGUGUUAGAAAACAAUGCAUUCGUUUUAAUCGAAUCAAUGUGUUAAACCUAACUUCUCUCGUUUUUAACAAAAUAUUGAGAUUGUUUUGUAUUUAAAUAUCUACGGAAAGAAUCUCUCUCUCUCUACCGUAGCCGAAGUUAGAGAUUCCGUUGGCUGCCUCCAAUCCAUGGUGGUGUUUCAUGGAAAUUCAACAAAGUUUGCAAACUCUUUUUGUGUUGUGCUUUGUGAUGUGCUACCAUGGAGACAGGAGCAAAAAAUGGCAAAAUUAAAAUUGUAAGGUUAUGUUAGCUUACGUUUUGUCUGUAUUUGCCUAGGGGUUCCUUGCAUAAUAUAAAACAAAAUAAGCUUUAGUAUUUUUUGGUAGAUGAUCCGUUCUUGAGAUAUGAUUGAGCAAAGAUGCCUUAGGUAAUGGAAAAAGUAGCAGACAAGUCAAGAGUCUUAACAAUUUGCAAUAUCUCAAGAAAGGAUUAUCUAAAAUAAUACUAAAGCUUAUUUUGUUUCAUAUUACACAAGGCGAAUCUAUGCAAAAAAAAUCAAGCGGAUUUAAGCUAACACGAUCUUACAAUUUGAACUUUGCCAUUUUUUGCUCCUGUCUACCAUGGUCGAAAUGCUCGCAAAUGUUACCGCUGAUAAACUACUUGCAAUUUUUUUUUAGGAGUACCCAUAUUUUAGUUGUAAUUAUAUUACGCCAUGGAUCUGUUGCAAAAUAAAAAGCUUUCUAUUUGUAUUCGUAUUCCAUUAUACAGCAGAGAGAAACGACAGAAAACAAUGCACUUUGCGAGGACGGGGACGUUAGCGCUACACCUUAACAGUUUUGUAAAGUUAACCAAUAAAUUGCACAGGGAUGGUGUUCUACAGAGAAAGGGAGUCCUGCCUUCCUAAAAUCCACGGGACAGUUCUUGCCGGCGUCGUAUAUCUACCCCUACUGACAUGCAUAGAUAUCGUAAAGAUGGAUUUCACGUACCGAUUGUUCGGGCCAAUUAGCGGCUGGUGCCUUUGGAAACUGCGGUUUUUCGGUGUCCAUAGGGAGAGCUCCAAAAUGGCGCGUUUGCGAAUGCUUUCUCUCGCUUAGAAAAAUCGUGGAAUUGCAGCUUCUCCAUGCCUGAUCAUUUGAAAGUGGAAACCAUUCCCGUUAACCCGUAUUAGCCAGGGAUUGUCAUUCGUGUGGUUCUUGAGUUUUGUAGUUCCUCCUUUUCUCCGUGAGAGAUGGCACAUACUUUUUCCUUUGCGUAUUAGGUAUAAGAUUGAAAGCAUAAAAUGCAGCUGUAGUACUUAUGUUCCAGCCAUCGAGUACCCCCUGUCCCCCUCCCCUCCCCUCAGAGUAAGGGACUGUCAAAAACUUUCUGUUCCAUGUUUGAAAAUGUGGAGAUGCUGGCUCCGCUUUAAGCAGUGCCUAAUUGGGGGUAAGGCGUCGUUUUACAAUUAGUAAUGGUUGUGGAAAACUAGUGUUUUACGAACUACAAUGACAUGGCUUUAGAAAUUAUUAGGGCCUUCUUUGCCCCUCCCCCUUUUACAGCCCUGAAAAUGAGAGAUCACGUGACGUGAUAGACGUCACUUUAUAUGAGUAUAUUGCCACCCAUAGACUCCCAAAGCUAGACAUAAUACACCGAUCCCACGGAAGAACUGCUAAACGAGCGAGCGCUUAGGCCACAAUGCGGAGAUGGGGUCUCGUCUUCAGCCUGCUUGUUCUGGUGAUACAGGAAACGCCUUGCACUGUGUUCACGCGAGCGCAUGUGCGUGUCGCUGCUGACGAGCUACAAACCGGAAUAGACCCAGCAGUGCAAUCUUCAAUACAGAGUGACUCGGCAUCGCCGAAAAUCACGUCAGAACGCCAGGAUGACUCAGGAAUGACAAUGGACUUUCUAAAAACAGCUGAAGGACCCGGAGGGAGUCUUCGAGAUGGUGGUGCGAGAAAUGGUACUAGUAGUGGUAAAGGUGACCCUUGUAAAGACUUCUCUUGUCAGUUUCGUCCACACUCGACCUGCAUAGUGCAAGAUGGCAUUCCCACGUGCGCAUGCACUAUGCAGUGCCCCUCCCUACUGGACCCCGUGGUGGGUUCAGAUAACGUCAUGUACAUGAACGAGUGCCUAAUGAGGAUGUCAGCCUGUGAGUCACAAAAGAGCAUCACAGCCCUGGGGGCUACAAAGCCUGAGGACUCUGUUUCACUAAAUAAUUUUCCAAGUACAACUUACCCACCGACAGGUGUGACCUCUUCAUCUGGUGAGGCGAUGGACGUAACCGCAUCACCAAGUGCUCCGUGCAAUGGCUUCUCCUGUGACUCUCCUCCGUACUCGAAGUGCGUUGUCCAGAAUGACAAACCCACGUGUGUCUGUCAGCUAAACUGCCCCAACACAGGACAGCCGGUUUUGGCAUCAGAUGGGGCCCAGUAUGACAACGAGUGCCUUAUGCAGCUAAACGCGUGUAGUGCAAACAAGGACAUCACUGUUGUGGAGUUUCUGCCAACAUCGGGGCCAACAAAUCCUGGAACUACUACAAAUGUACCAGACCCACUACCGACAGACCCUCCCACGGAGCCGCCGACAGAUCCACCUACACCUCCCCCCACGGAGCCACCCACUCCUCCCCCCACAGAGCCACCCACUCCUCCCCCCACAGAUCCUCCGACACAGCCUCCUCGUCCAACGCGAAAGCCGUUUGUACCAAAUCCCGAAGAAGAAGCGCGGGUUGAAUUAAAUGACUUACGUAGCAGACAAAUAUCUAGUUUUGAUACUUGUAAAUAUUGAUUUUUGUCCAAAUAAAAUUAAUUAAACCGA